AUGUUCAAAAAAGAUAUUCCCCCCAGCAACCGAUCAAAGGUCAAGUCCUCGGUGCAGCGCGGCCUACGCCAAAAGCUACUGGAGACCUACCCCGGCCUCGAGCCAUUCAUUGAAGAUGUCAUGCCAAAGAAGGCCUCAUUGGAAGCCGUAAAACUCCCCGAGCGCGUCACCCUCUACACAAUAGAUUCAACACCUCUGUUCUUCCAACCUAUCGACGGACCUCCCGUCCCGCAUCUCCGCCUCAUCCACCAAUACCCCUCUGCCAUCCCGACAAUCCAGAUCGACCGCGGUGCCAUUCGAUUCGUGCUCUCUGGCGCAACGCUUAUGGCUCCCGGCCUUACCUCCCCUGGGGGUAGACUGCCUGAUGCCGAGCACGCUAUUGAGGCUGGGCAAAUUGUUGCUGUCAAGGCUGAGGGCAAGGAGGAGGUUUGUCUUGUCGGUAUGCUGAAGGUUGGCACUGAGGAGAUCAAGAGCAAAGGAAAGGGUGUUGUUAUGGAUGAGGGUCACUAUCUUGGUGAUGGAUUGUGGAGGAUGCACCUUGAUUAA